CCGACCUGAGGCGGCAGGCGGCGCGGGCCAGAGCAGUUGGUGCGGGUGCCACCUUCGCACGGCCGGCGGGCCCCUGCGAGCGGAAGCGGCUGCCCUCGGUUGGCAGGGCGGCGGCCGGGGGCGGAUGUCGCGGCCGCCCGUCUCGGGCCCCGCGCCAUCCCUGGGACGUGGAGGUGAUGCGCGCGGCCCAAGGAAGCGAAGCCGGCGUCUGGGGCCCGGCAAGGCGGGAGGCCCUGAGGCCGUGGAGCGCGAGGGGAGCUCGCAGAAGAGGAGAAUGGUCAGCCGGGCGUCCGGGAGAGGAGAGACGGGCGCGUCGGCCAAGGAAAAAAGAAAAGUUACUGAAUCCUCAAGUGAUGAUCCACAGCCAGGGACUGACCUGGUAAGAAAGGAAUCAUUAACCAGUUCGGAAUCUUUCCAAACAGUGGAGCACAGUGGAUUUCAAAGUACGGCUUCCUUGCAGUCUUUGGGUAAGGAAGGUUUGGUAGAAGGUAUUAAAAGAAGAAUUCAAAUUAAAAAUGUUAAAACCUUAGAAAGCCCACCUCUCAAAAUAACUGCAAAUAAGGCUACACAAAAUAUUAAGGUUGAAUUCCAAGAUGAACUGUACAAGAAUACUCUGAAAUAUUCUUGUAACAGCUUGUCACCUGAAGUAGAAACUAAUUCCAUUUUUAAAUUACAUUAUUACAAUUGUUUCCCCCAUACUAAGGGUUGUAAUGAUGAAAAUAACCUUACAUAUAAGCCUGACAGUGGAUGUACACAUAUACCAGAAAAUUCCUCGAAGUUAAAGAAAGAAAACCUUAGGAGUCUUGCAGACAAGAGUGACACAAAUAAUACUCCUCAGCUUUUACAAACUGAAGAAAACUUAGUGGGAGUAAAUAAGUUAUUGCUUGAAGAAAAUGAUUUAUACCAAACUAAAAAUAAUGGCUUGCUUUCCUGCCUUCAAAGUGAAAAAAAUAAAUACUCAGUAGAGGAGAGCAAUGUUGGGAGAAAACCCAGGAAAAAGAUGAAGGUGUCUGAAAAAGGAGAUGAAAUAGUUAUUGAGGCAAACUUCUCUAACGUAUGUAACAAGUCUGGGUUGGUAUUACAAGGAAACCAAAUGGCUGCUGAGAGUAAGGAAGCAGAGGCUAAGAAACGUCCUUCAGAACAUUUGAGAAAAGUGAACCAUAAUACAGUCUCUCCAAUAGAUCGUUUAUUAAGUCUUCCAGAAACAGUAGGAAAGAAAACAAGCCCUGAACAUCAUGUAAAUGCUAUAUUUCAGAAAACCCUUGAGCCACUUUUGAAAGAGGAAACAAAGAAUACUUCAGAGCCCUUGGAAUGUAAAAUUGUGGAGCCAGAAGAGUAUUUUAAGUCUGUAAAAAGCUCAGUAGUGAAAUCACCUAGUGAUUGCCAUCCUAUUGAAAAGAGACAUUCACAAGAAGAAUUGAGAAAUGAAGCUGAAGAAUCAAAGUUAAGCUGUCAAAGAACAAUACCAAUGACUGGUAAAAGAAUUUGGCCUUUUUAUUCAUGUGCUAGAGUAUCUGCUCUAUGUUGGAAAAAGACUUCCUUGCCAGAUUCAAAUAACUUUCUUCCUGGGUUUCAGGAAAAUUCUAGGCAGGAUGAUUUUCUUAAACACCAAACAAAUCAAACUCACUUAACUGACUCCAAAUUAUCAUUACAAAGUCCCAUAACAGAAACAAACAAUGAAUAUUCAAAUAAAGAAAAAUUGGAUUCUAAUGUAAAGUGUUUAUCUUCAGUCACUAUAGUAGAACCUUCUCUAAUGGUUAUAAAAGAACCUAUAAUCAAUGAUGAUAAAAAGGUGAAGUCAGAAGAACCAAGCAGAAGUUUGUCAGAGAUAGUUUCUAAUACUACUGAAGAUAGUCAGUUUACUAAGGUGACUCAAAACUUAAUGGAAAGUAAGAAAAAAGAUAGAGGGAAUUUAACAAAACUUAAUCCGACAGUGGCUUCCCAGAAUGACCAACAAGCAAGUAACUCUACAGGUGAAACUGCUCAUCGAAAAGCCUGCGUUGCGAAGCAAACACUUGUGGUUCCAGACUUCGUUAAAAUAUUGAACACAGGACGGCUAACUAAUUUUAAAAUUCCUUUACUUAAGAAUAAAGCAGAAAAAAAAGAAAGAAAUGCCAAGUCAUCGGAGAGAGAAGCAUAUAGUCCUCUAGAGCUUCUUGACAAUUUAUCUGGAGCAGAGGUGAGACAGAAUAGGAGUAAAGAAAAUGUCUUCACAGUAACUUCAGGACCUCAAUCUUUGAGCAUACAAAAUAGUGUAACUCCAGUGCAAACUAGUUCUGACUCAUACUGCAAUAAGAAUUCCUGUAGUAUUUCUCCAAGCAUUUUAAAGCAAGGUAACAGUAAUAAACCAUCAAAUCAAUUCUCUGAACCAGGUAAUUUUAUUUCCAAAAAGGAAGCUGUUUCUGUCUCAGUUGAAAGUAAUACUUCUUGUGAUCCUGGGUGUAUAAAGAAAAGUCCUGCCUUCUCUAAUGAACAAGAAACAUUCAGACAAGUUUCUUCUGAAAUUAGUGGCAGAGAAGUGACUAAGAACUUCUCAGAAAUUAAAGUGGGGUUUCUAGAUAUUCUUAAAGCAUAUGAAGAUGAUGUCCUCUUAAUUGAUGUAAUUCACGAUGACCCAGAUCUCUUUGGAGUCUCCAAUGAAGGGGAGUUCUUACUUACUGCAGAGAUCCCCAUGAUAAGCCAGGAACCCAACAUCGCUGAGGAGCACCAGUCAACAGACUCCAAGCACAUGGAACUUCCAGAAAAAAAAGAACCAAGCAAUAACUUGAGAGAAGUUCCUGUACUGGAUCCUGGAUUGAUGAGGUCAGAGAUCUGUGCUUCCUUCUCAGCAGCAAAUGAGUUAAAACAUGAUUCCAAAGGUACAAACAUUUCUUUAGGAGAAGUUACGGAUGAGACCUCUGAAAAUGAAAAGUCAGGAGACUUCAGUGAAAAGAUAACAGUUUCAGACUUGGAUGAAAAGAGUAGAUUUUCAGACAAGGUAACUCUUAAAGAAGAAAAAGAAAAUAGUUAUGAAGUUUGCAAAAGCAAAGAUUCUAAAAAUACAGAUAUUAUGGUUGGUGAAUGUGAAUUAGCAGCGCUGGGCCCAAAACCUCUGUGCUUAUCAGUGCCACCGCUGAAUCUAAAUUCUCAUCAAGAAGACACAUUACUGAAACCCUGGAUGAAUGAUUUCAGAUUUCCAGGAAAACAUUCUCUUCUAAAGCUGCAGAGUUCUGAAACUUAUGAGAUAGUCAAGAGGGAAAAAAAUGUAGGGGUGUUCCAGAAACCCCUAGGGUUGAUGAUACCUCAUAGGUAUUGCAAAUUUCAUUUUAAUACAUUACGUGGCUGUGAGCGAUCACAAUGCAAGUUUGCUCAUGUGCCUGAGCAAGGGGAUGAAAAGGUUUGCAUGGAUGUGUUUAAGAAGUACAUAAGUAUCAGUGAGCUGUGUUUGCUGCAACGUGCAGUAAAUAUAUUUAUGGAAUACUACAGAAAGUUUCCUCCAGGUAUACACUUUGAUUUACAAGUGCUAAAUGAUCUUCUAAAUUCUUUACUCAAACAUUGUUUAUUGAAAGAAGUAUUUGAGGUAGUGAACCUCAGCAUAAUGGUUAAAAUGCUGCCUGCUCUGAAAAUAUUACUAGAAAUAUUUGAGCAUGUGGCAACUAUGAAAUUAAGGAAUGCUGUGCCUGCUUUAAUUGAUAUCCUUUGCAAGCUUAUUGAAGCUGGGAUGGUGUUUGACCCAGAACACCUUAACUACAUUGUUAAGCUUUUAUACCAAGUACAGGCUUCCAAACAAGAAAUAACUGCAGUUCUGGGUUUGGAAUCCAGGUUGCAAAUGAGGCAAUUUAAAAAGAACUGGAAGUGUGAUUUAGAUUCAGCCUUGAAUGAAAUAGAGCAUUGUAAAGAAAAAGGUGACUGGACCAAAUUGGGAAGUUUAUACAUUAACAUAAAAAUGAGCUGUGAAAACUUUGCAGAUUUCCAGAGAUUUUGUGCUUGUAUUGCUGAAACACUAACAAAAGACUGUGAAGACAAGAGACCAAGUGUACCAUUUUGUGAAUUUGCUGAAACAGUUACCAAAGGUCCACAAAACAGUGAAGUAGAUAAAGCUUUUCUGGGAAGAAUCGGAAUCAGUGUUAUGUACUUCUAUCACAAGCUGUUGCAGUGGUCCAAGGGAAGGAAGGUCUUAGAUAAACUCUAUGAAUUAAAAAUACAUUUUACAAGUUUAAAAGGACUUACAGGAGCCGAGAAGUUAGCACCAAGAUGUCAAAUUGUGAAUAUUGCAGCAGAAAUUUUUCUAAAAAGUGGAAGCCUAGAUGGUGCCAUUUGGGUACUAAGGGAGUCAGAAUGGAUAAUCAAUACACCACUGUGGCCUUGUGACAGACUGGAUGUACUCAGUCGACAUAAUCUGCUCUGUACAAUUGCACACGAAUUCUUAGCCAAGAGCCUUUACAGACAGACAUUUGAAGUUUUGCAAAAUCUACCAGGUUUUCAAAAUUCUCAAGAAACUGUGGAGGUCUCACAGUAUAGCCUUCUUUUUAAUAAACUUCUAAAUGCCUGUAUAGAAAGCAACAAUCUUGGUAUGUCAUCUUCUGUAGCAGAAUUCAUGAUUUCAAAGAGCAUCCCUAUUGAUUUUUCCUUUCUUAGAAGAUUAAUUACUUCUUUAGGAAGAAGUUGUUUAUGGCUCAAAGCCAGAGCCCACUACAAAAGUGCUCUUUCAUUGGGUUUCUACCCACCACUGAAGGGAAAUUUAUACCGAAAACUUCUAUUGAUGCCAUCUUAUUUAUCUGAGAUUGAAAUGCUUUUAGCUAUUGAAAUCUUCCUCGUAUCUAAUGCUAGUAGUAUUCAGAGUCCUGGAACUUCUACACAGAUGCUGCAGAUAGUUUUGAAAAGAUGUGAAGAAAACAAAUCUCGGAGCAAGGAUGAUUACCAAGCUGCAGUGGAAAGAUUAAUAAUGGCUGCUCGUUUAUCGGAUCCAAAGCUUUUCAUUAAACACAUGACCGUCAAUGUUAAUAAAGAACAGGUUUAUAGUUUGGAACAUUGUUCUGCCCUGAAAUGGUUAAAAGAGAAUAUGAAGUGGGCUGGGAAGGUUUGGCUUUUCAGUAACCAUUAGUUAAUAAAGGCAAUGUUUUUUUUAAGUUCAAGUAAUCAUUGUUGAAAAUAAAAAGGCAAUAAAAAUACAGUUUUCACUA